CACUGGGGCUGGGUGGGGCUUGCGCUGGGCGCCCGCACAGAAAUUUCCUAACCACCAAUCUUCAAAAUUCAUCCACUUCGCAGUCGUGAGCGAUAGUUUUGCAGCAUCGAAACUCGACAGCAACACCGCAGCAAUGGCGUCUUCUCGUGUCACCUACCGCCGCCGCAACCCCUACAACACCACGUCUAACAAGACGCGGAUUGUUAAGACCCCUGGCGGUCAGCUGCGUGUUCUGCACAUCAAGAAGCGCGGUACUGCUCCCAAGUGCGGUGACUGCGGCAUCAAGCUCCCUGGUGUCCCUGCCCUCCGCCCCCGCGAGUACGCUCAGCUCUCCAAGCCCAAGAAGACUGUCCAGCGUGCCUACGGUGGUUCCCGCUGCGGCAACUGCGUCCGCGACCGUGUCGUCCGUGCUUUCCUCAUUGAGGAGCAGAAGAUCGUCAAGAAGGUCCUCAAGGAGCAGAGCCAGGCUGAGAAGUCCAAGAAGUAAACAAGUUAAAUUGUCAGCUUUCUUUGGGUCUUUGUCUUGGGGGAAAUCAACAAAUAUGGUUGCGCAAGGUUGACGGUCUCAUUGCUUCGGUGUUCAAUUGGGAAAAGGGGGCUGCACAGCAUUGCGAUGCCAUAACACAGCAACACAAUACAGCCGGGGAUUUAUCGGUUGUCUCUUGUUCUCUUAGGGCUGCUUUCUCACCCGGAAUGAGGUUCCAUCAAUGAAACUGGACUUCAAGCCGUGCUCACACCGACCGAACCGAACCUGGGCAAUGCUGCUGGGAGGAGAUGAACAGCCGCCUAGGCGUUGCCCUGCCUCUGCUAUAUCUCUAUAUAUCUAGAUUUGGCUUAGGAUUUGGAGGGCGUCCAGGCG